UAUAAAUUACACAUUCACCGCCCGAAAAGAGAAAGAGAAAGAAAGGAAUGUAUAGGCUUUUCUUCUCGGCUCGACUUGUGAAGUCCUCGUCGACGAAGACGAUGACAAUGACGAGGACGAUGACACAAUGAUAAUGAUGAUGAUGUUAAGACUGCCGUUUUCAUAUCGCGAGUCCUUUGAUUACUUGGGCUUGUUUUAACAUCACUUUUUGGAGCAACCGUUAUCCUUCUUACCUUCUGGCUUUAUUUUAGCUCUGUUUUGUCGUUUUUCUGUUUUUUGAACGCGGCCGAGCCUUGGGAUUUGUCGAUUUGCAUUUAGAUUAAUCUUUAACCCGUUGUGUCCAAAAAUUACAUUUUCUUUCGAAUAUUUCUGCAAAUUUUUAAAUCCAAUGUAAACAUAAAGAUAUAGUUGAAAAUGGUGAAUAUAACGGGUUAAUCGAUGACUGAUAAAAUUAAAUAAACGAAUGGAUUGUUAAUGUUUUGGAUAAUUGCAGGACACAAUCGUGAACAGAUAUUUUCAGGAAUGCUAAAGAGCAGUGUGAAACAUGUUAUUAAGAAUUCAACUCCCAAUCCUACAAAGACGUGGAAUGAUCACAUUCCAAGUUUCGUAUCCGGUGGCGCCGCAUCCACCAACUGGUUUUGUCCCCGCGCCGACGCAACCCCCGACCUACGGUGUUGCAGGCGCCGCCCCCUAUGGAGUAUUUCCUAAUCAGCCUCAGUUGUACGCAACGCAAGGCCCACCACCGCCGACAUAUGAUCAGACUCUUACACAUCCUAUGAUGUAUCAACCAAUGUACGGGCAAGGAUAUCCCUUGCAAUAUUACCCACCAGGAUAUCCCUUGCAAUAUUAUCCACCAUUAGCUGCAACAACGGCAUAUUAUCCUGCUAUGCAACCUGCUCCUGUAAGACCUACUAUUAUGGUACCCAACGGUUUCGACGGUACGCGGUUCGAUGGCAUCUCGCAGCCCGUAUUGCCACCGCCGCCACCCGGAGUGGCUGCGAAUGCUGCACAACUGGCCGCGAUGGCCGGCCACAGUGUAGCCCUUUCGCAAAAGAAGGGCUCGUUCCUGGGAGGAGGAACGGAGGGCGGUUAUACCUUUUGGUAAACCACCUUUCAUAAUACAUCUACUACACACGCGGAAAAUACAUACACAUACACACCACAUUAACUGUCGAAAGCGCUGUGUGUUGAGAUGAUGAGAUUAUGUAGGUAAAUUUCCGUUAGAGCUCUGCUUUUCUCAUCUCUGCCGGAAAGCAGCUGCAUUAAUAUCUAUUAGUGUAUCGUGUGCGCGGAGUGAUCACCUACAUACAUGCAAUAGAUAUACAAUACAUACAUACAUACAUACAUACAUACAUACAUACAUAUAUACAUAUAUACAUACAUACAUACAUACAUACAUACGUACACACAUACACGAAAUAUACAUUUUGACAUGAUGAUACUAAGAUAGCAACCGAGAGUUUCCAUGCGAUUCAUGUACGGCGAUAUUUACGAUCGAUAAAAGCGAUCCAAUGAUCUCAAGGACAUUGUCGCCGCUUGGUGAUCGAUCUGCGCAUCUCAUGUACUGUUGAACUGCAGAGAAUCGUCCCGGACAUGUCGAAACUCGGACAUGACGACGCUCAUCGAACAUCCUCGAAAGCUAAUUCCUCGAAAACUCAUCGUUCUGUGGAAAAGUCAGUAUUGAGCGUUACGCGAGUUUUGAAGAAACUCACAUAUUCACAUAUUUGAAAACUUCGUGAAAGCCUGAGAUUCGAAGUACUGAGAAUUUGUGAUUAUUGAAAACUUGACAAAAUUCGCUCGGAUCACGAAUCCGAAAAUUCCAAAUUUCUACGAUCAGACUUUCCGAAAAUUCAAAAAGUUUUAAAAAGCAAAAUCGCAAUUUGUUAAUUAUGAGCUAGAAAAAUGUAAGUUUCUUUGUGAUUUUAAAAAUCAAAGGACUCAAUAUUUCCAAAGAAUUGAGAAUCUCAGUGUUUUGAAAUAUCUUUUUUUCUUUUUUUGGAGGGGGGGAAUUUGGCCUUUCUACAAUUGAUGAAGGAAACUCAAAUUGCCAAAUUGCCAAAUGAUGUAAGACUUUAAAAUAAAUAUAAAUUCUAAUUAACCCUCGGAAGACGAAUGGUUUUCGACGGACGCGGGAGACGAAUGCAGGAUCAUUUUGACUCAUAAUAGAAUUUAUAUUUCAAACUAGUUUUGGAAAAGAAUUAUAUAUAAAAACACAUUUUGAACAUAUAUUUUCUUUUUAAUGUUCUAAUACAUGAAAUAAUGAAUAUUUUUUGUAUGAUUCUUACAAAUUUAUUACAAUUUUCAUCUUGUACUGUAUUUCAUAUCAUUACCGACGCAAAUACAACAUCGUGAUCGUUUUCGCGAAAGUCCUCCGAACGCCAUUAACCGUUUCCGAGUUAUUUUAUCGCUCACGGAUCAAAAUAAAACCCUGCAUUUGUCAUACGAGAGUUAAAAGAAAUAAAAUAGUGACUUAUUUAUGAUCUCGACUUUCCCAGAAUUCAAGGUCUUCAGGAUCUAGCUUUAGUGGCUUAUAUUAGUUAAGAUUCUACACACAACAGAAAUUUGAAAAUUUUAGUUAAAUUUUUUAAACUUAAUUACCGAUCGAGCAUUUCCGAUGAGGUAAAAUUUUAAGGAUCUUUAAUCAUAUAAAUAUACAAAUUGCAGAGGACCCAUAUGUCUUUGAUGAUAAUUCAUGAAUUUAGAGGUCCGAUUACGAUAUGAAAAGAUCCGAAGGCUCGAAGCAGUUAAUAUGCAUUGAUCGCGAAUAGUUAUUGCAAGAAUGUUAUUUUAUGAAGGACAAAUUAGUUAAAUCAACGAAAGACGGACUGAUAUUACCGACAGAAAAAAAAACGAUACUAUCGUUGCGCUCAUCAAAGCAGAAAGAAGAAAAGGAUCGAGGAUAAGGAAAGACUAAGAGUCCAAUGUCGAUUAUAGGAAGUCACGAGACUGCGUUGAUAUUUAUAUUUAAAUUAUUGUUAUUUAAACAAUUUAUUUGCAGAGCCUCCUUAGAGACAGAAUCAUCGGUGUGACGUAUUUCAACGAUUUAUUUUAUAUCUCAAAAGAGAAUAAGAAAGGGAA